AUGUCAAUUGAUGAGAAUUGGAUUCAAAAAAUCGCUCUGCAUUCCCCCCGAAGGAUGUCGGCUCAAAUCAACUCGCGACCGUCCUCAUCGAAUUCGGGAACGAAUGAAGAGUUGGCGAAGCCCGAGCUGCUUGCAAAGUUGGACGAUCACGUAGCGAGGGUCACAGAUGGAUGGGUGCUUGCGAAUGAGGACGGAUUGUGGACGGCUAGCGAGGAUAAAUCGGUGCGCCUCUACCUGCGCCGUGACAACGACCAAUACUGGCCUUCGAUCAAUCAUUUCAUGCCCGUCCAACCGACCUGCCUUUUCUAUUGUGAAGAGGUUCACCGCCUCCUUGUCGGCCUUCUCAAUGGACACGUUUUCGUCUACGAUGUUGCCGAUGAUUGCAAUAGUUUGCGACAACGUCAACAUUUCACUCUUCACGCCGGCCCAAUCUCUGGUCUCUACCUGUCGAUCACCUCCGAACUUAUCUUUUCUUCGUCGCGCGACAAAACGGUGCUCUGGCAUUGCUCGGAGAAUGGCACCAGGCAAGGCGGUGCUUCGAUCGACUCAUCGUGUGUUUGUAUGGUCGUCGCGCAACCGUUCAUCUUCAUCGGCGAUUACGGCGGAAAUGUGCAUGUCUUGCGAAUUGAUGGCUCGGUGGCCCAACACUUGCACAAAUUAUCCGCACACACUGGUACCGUCACAAGCCUCGCCUGGGACAACGACAGACAAUGGCUUUUUAGCGGAAGUGCUGAUAAUUUGGUAAUUAUCUGGGACAUUGGUGGACGCAAGGGGGAAGCUUACGAGUUAACCGGGCAUAAAUCUCGAAUCACCAAGUUAUACUAUGGUGCAGGGAAGAAGCAGCUCUUUUCAGCCGACGAAUCGGGAAAGCUAAUGAUUUGGGACAUGUCAGCGGCAAGAAUCGUCACUCCAGCGUGGGCCACUUCGGACACAUGCCAACUUUGUGAGGCGCCAUUUUUCUGGAACCUACAAGCGAUGUGGCAGAAGAAAGUGGUCGGACAACGGCAACACCAUUGUCGAAUCUGCGGGAGAGCCGUUUGCGGAUCGUGCUGCUCGGCGAGGACUACCUAUCCGCCAAUGGGUUUCGAGAUACCAGUGCGAAUUUGCAAGUCUUGUGACGAGAACAUGAAGAACCACUCGGAAAGGUACAAUUUGACGCCACUGGCGGUUGGACACGAUAUCAGGACCGGGGUUGUUGGGCUGCACGUGCAAGAGUUGAACGGAAGAAUGGUGAUCGUCGGACAGAAUCGAUCGAUUUUACUCUAUAAUAUCAAGAAUCAA